UGAGGCGACGACGUGGCGUUCAAUCUUACAAAAAAAAACGCGUGGCAGAUGUUCCUAAAAAGAAAAAUGUGGCUACCAGAUGAAUUCUGUAAGAAUGGUAAAAAGAUUUUAUUUUUUAAUACAUGCAUAUGUCACUAAUCCUAGGUGGCAGCGUCAUGUCGUCGCCUGACGUGUGGGUCCAAAGCCCAGGUGACAGCCAUGUCAUGUGACCGGAGCUGUGCAUAGACCUGAAAAUGAACCACUUACCCGAACAACGAGAAACUAAACCUGCAUUUUAAAAAAUCAGGUACCUAUUUGAUACCUCGAGAAUCUCGGUGCAUUUUACACAAUUCUGAGCUCAAAAUUUACCGCCGACUUCACGGGACAUCCUCGUCUUCCUCCUUCGGUCCGAAGCCACCGCCGCCGCCCUGCUGCCGCCGGCGGCCAUGUCCGCGCCGCCUCCUCCCGCCGAAAAUGGCACCCCGGCACCCUCCGCCGCCCCUCCGCCCAAAAAGUCGCGCCGCAGCCUGGGAUUGACCCCGCCACCCGCGCCGGCGCCGUCGCCCGCGGCUGACCCGCGGCCGCACUGCACCACCCCUGCCCCGUCCGCGCCCGCGGCCGUCGAUUUGGACGCGCCGCCACAGCAACCCUCUCCUACGCCCGCCUCGACGCCGCCCUCCACGCGGGCUGCGAGCGGCCGCCCGCGGCGGACUGCCGUGGCCAAGCGGAAGGCGGACAGCUCCGCACGCGCGCCGCUUCCUCCGCCCGCUGCCCAGCCGGCGAGGGCUCCUCGGGCGUCACCUCCACCAGCCGGCGAGCACGAGGUGCUCGAUGAAAUGCCUAGAAGCAAAUGGGCAUCCUCAAUGGAGCAAGUGGAGCGUCUCAACCCAAGUGGAACCAAUCCUGAUGAUCGGAUCAAAAUGGCUCAAAAGCUUUUCAUGCAAUUGACAUCAAAGAAUGGCAAGCUAGGGAAGCCAUUCGGUUUGCAACAUUGUUAUGACUUGCUUGUCCAUGAUGAGAAGUGGAGGACCAUGAAUUAUGAGAUGCCAACCAAGAAGAGCGAGUCAAGCAGCUCCUCUUCUCCUGAUGUUCAGAAUCUUGAUGGAAGCUCAAACGAGAGUGACUCUGAGGGUGCAAAUACAUCAAACUCGGAACAAAAGAAGAGGCCAAUUGGGAGGAAGAAAGGAAAGGAGAGAUUGAAGAAGGAGAAGGUGAGUUCAUUCAAAGACUCCAUUGACCUCAUGUUAUCAAAAAGAAAGGCACUUGCAGCUGAGAGGAAAGAAGAGAAGGCUCGAGAGUGGAUGGAGAGAAAAGAGAUGGACGAGCGAUGGAUUGCAAUAGCAAAGCGCAGGGCAGAAAUAGCAGAGCGCAGGGCGGCAAUAGCAGAGCGUGGUGCCAUGAUGGAGGAGCGUAUGCUUGCAAUUGAAAAGCAGAAGCUAGAUCGACAACUCAUGUCCACGGACCCAUCCAAGCUUGAUGAGAAGGGAAGGGCAUACUUUGAGUUCAGGCGUGCUCAAAUAAUGGCAUCGCAGACCACGGGGGCCUUCACGCCGGGCUGCUUCUUGGGAGGUGGUGGUGACAUGGGAGGUGGUGCUGACGGCUCCAUUUGAUCUUCAUGUUUGGAUGGUCUUCUAUGUUGCAAUGAACUGCGUUUUAUUUGCCGAACCAUGUUGUUGGAAUGAUGCGUUUCGGUCACUGGCUGAUAUUCAUGUUCGAAUGAUCUUUUAUGUUGCAAUGAACUGUCUUUUAUUUGUCGAACCAUGUUUGUGGAAUUAAA